UAUAACGGGUGAAACUGGGAGCAGAGGCAACAGUCAGACAGGAGUUCUGAGUUACAGAGGUAGACAAAGACGAAAUAGAUUCAACACAGCAACGAUGCACAAGCUGGCAUUCUGCUGUCUCAUCAUCAUCAGCUUCUCCUGUCCUCUCUCGACUCUCCCCAUCAUCAAUGCCAGUGAGAUGUCUUAUCAACCCUCAGCGGAUGAAGAUUCAAGAUUAAAUCUGGAGCGGUUGGGCCGCCUAAGAAGCACUUCCCUGCUUCAGUUCCUGCCAGAGCUGUUGGGCACACCGACUGAAGACAACAAAGCAGGUCCUAGCCUCAGCAGCUACAACCCAAGGGAAAAUGUCAAAGAGGCUUUCUAUGGAAAUCAUCCUCGAAUUGCUCUGCUGGGCCGCUUCUUGACCAAGGACAGGAAACAGUACAAGAAACGUGGGAAUCUUUCCGAGUGCUUCUGGAAAUACUGUGUGUAAACAGGAGAAGAAACUCUCCCUGACUUUGGUUGCAUAAUUUAUACAGAUGUCUGAAAACAUGUAUAUAGAUUUGCUUGAUUUAAAAUGAGAAUGAAGAAACAUGAAGACAGCUCCUAACUUUAGACUAUACGCUAUUUGGAAAUUAAUAAAUUCUUGAUGUUUUGCAAUUAUGCUGUGAGCAGUGUUGUAUUUUCUUAGAGCUCAGCACAACAGGAAGAAAGUAAUGGGACAAACAGAUAAAUACGCAACAUGAAAGAACUCAGGCAGGGGACCCACGAUUCCCAUGGGGUCCUGUGAAACCUCCCAGAAGAGCAAUGCCUCAAUCGCCUCUAAGUCCAGAGGCAAGAGGACUUUCUCCUCUGUCACGUGACAGAGAUCGGGGCGCCAGGUAGAAAGGGUCGUUGCUGCAUUCCCCCAUGAUGCUGAGCCGGUGAGGGAUGGCAGCCGAACAGUGCCCCGUCCCCUCCUGCCAUCCCCAAGCCACCACAAAAACAAUAACCAUGUGCCAGGAUCAAGCACCUGCUCCACCACUGCUGGAGAGAGAGAACGGUUUCUCUU